GUUAGCGAAUCCGUGAUCACACUGAAGCUCCACAUGAUCAUAGCACGGAAACUGUUCUCUGAUGAUCACCAGAACACAUGUGAGAUUACAAAAUUCAUCCAAAAUAUUUCAGAAGGACUGUUUGAUACUUUUAGAGAUGACUGCACAGGAGGUGUGUCUAUGUGGGCUGCUGCUGCAGGAACACUUUGGAGAGGUGGUGGAGAAAGUUGGCACUCAUCUCCUCCGCAGUGGAGUUCUGACCCUGCGAGCUCUCGCCCUUGAAACCAAACUUUCUCCUGACUUGGUCAAGAAAUCUCUGUGUGUUCUGGUGCAGCAUGGGAUGUGUACGUUUGGUGCAGGCCGUCGUGGUCCAGGGGGACCCGUGGAAUACCGGAUCAGCGGUGAGCACAUUCUACACAUGCUUCGGUAUCCACGCUACAUUUACACGGCCAAGAGUCUUUAUGGGGACACAGGUGAGCUCAUUGUUGAGGAAAUAUUGCAGAGAGGCCAGAUGACCAUGAGCAGCACAGUCGGGACUGUUGCAGACAGGCUGACCCACAAUAUGCCAGAGGGUCAGAGUAUGGACUACUGUGAGGUGGUCACAGCAUUCUCCAGAUUGGUGGAGACACAUUUCCUGCAACGCUGUCCCCCAAUAGCCUCAUCAGGAUCAUCAACCUCAGCUGUAGCUGACUGUCCCCCACCUGCAGUAGCACAACCCUCUGAACCAGAGAGCAACCCAGACUGCUACAAAAUUCCCUAUAUCAAACUUACUGGUAAGGGAAAACGCAGACGCUCAAGUGAUGAUGGUGAAGCUGAACAGAGUGUGGCAAAGAAAGCCAAGACAGACAACACUGAGUGUGGUGAUGAAGGCAUCUAUUGGCAGGUGAAUUUUGACCGGUUUCACCUGCACUUCAGGGAUCAGGCCAUCAUUAGUGCUGUUUCCAGUAAACUUGAUCCGACUAGCAGUGAGAUAGUUAGAACCAUGUUACGCAUGAGUGAAGUUACAACGCCGGCUAAUGCUGCUUGCACACAAGCUCUUUCAGCCAAUGAGAUUUUCCGAGCUCUUCCAUCCACUUACAACAUUGGCAGGCCAAUUUUAGACCAAUACCUCACUCUUCUGGUUGAUGAUCCGAUGGAAUUUGUAGGAAAGACAGGUGACAGUGGAGGAGGAAUGUUUGUUCUCAAUCUGCACCGUGCAUUGGCUAACCUGGCCAGGGCCACCCUGGAGUCUGUUGUCCAGGAGAGGUUUGGUUCUCGAUCAGCUCGUAUCUUUCGUCUGUUACUGCGAAAAAGGCACCUGGAGCAGAAGCAGGUGGAGGAUUUUGCCAUGAUUCCUGCCAAGGAGGCAAAAGAUAUGUUGUACACACUACUGUCUGAAAACCUUGUCCAGCUGCAGGAAAUCCCAAAAACACCAGACCACGCCCCCUCUCGCACUUUCUAUCUGUACACUGUUAAUCAGCUUCCCACGGCCAGGCUACUGCUACAACACUGCUACAAGACAGUGGGAAACCUGAUCGCGAGAAGGCUGUAUGAGACCAAAGAGAACAAGCGACUUCUGGAAAAAUCUCAGAGAAUUGAGGCCAUCCUGGCAUCCUUGCAGGCGACAGGGGCAGAGGCAGCACAGCUAACGGAGGUGGAAGAGAUGAUCACAGUUCCAGAGAAACAGCAGCUCGAGUCCCUACGAAACCACAUUAACAAGUUGGAUUCCAGUGAAAACCAGGUGGAUGAGACCAUAUUUCUUCUUGAAUCCUACAUAAACUCCACAACAUCCUCUCACUGAUUGUUUCUUUAGAAACCUACAUGCUUGUAUAAGAAAACAUACUCAUGUCUGUGUGAAAAGAAAAGGG